AUGUACCGUCUGCGCCAGCUGAGGAAACUCAAACUCUCUCGGACACUUCUGGUUCGAUUGUACACAUCCAUCACUGAGUCCCUCCUCACCUUUUCUAUCACCAUCUGGUUUAUUUAUGCACCUGCCCGCUGCAAGGGCAAACUGCAGCGCAUUGUCCAGUCUGUGGAAAAGGUCAUCGGCUGUCACUUGCCCUCCAUCAAGGACCUGCCUGCCUCCAGCACAAGGACGCAGGUCAGAUCAUCGCCGACCCUGCCUGCCCCUGCCCGACCCUGCCCGACCCUGCCUGCCCCUGCCCGACCCUGCCCGACCCUGCCCGCCCCUGCCCGACCCUGCCCGCCCCUGCCCGACCCUGCCCGCCCCUGCCCGACCCUGCCCGACCCUGCCCGACCCUGCCCGCCCCUGCCCGCCCCUGCCCGACCCUGCCCGACCCUGCCCGACCCUGCCCGACCCGGCACCCCAUAUUUCAAAGACUCCGCUCUGACAGACGAUGAUAAAGACAGCUUCCCAGGGGGUGCAGAGGAUAAAUACAGCUUCCCUCGUGGUGCAGAGGAUAAAGACAGCUUCCCUCGUGGUGCAGGGGUUAAAGACAACUUCCCUGGUGUUGCAGAGGAUAAAGUCAGCUUCCCUUGUGGCUUAGAGGAUAAAAACAGCUUCCCCGGUGGCUUAGAGGAUAAAUACAGCUUCCCAGGGGGUGCAGAGGAUAAAGACAGCUUCCCUGGUGGUGCAGAGGAUAAAGACAGCUUCCCUGGUGGCUUAGAGGAUAAAUACAGCUUCCCUGGUGGCUUAGAGGAUAAAUACAACUUCCCUGGUGUUGCAGAGGAUAAAGACAGCUUCCCUCGUGGCUUAGAGGAUAAAGACAGCUUCCCUGGUGGCUUAGAGGAUAAAUACAGCUUCCCAGGGGGUGCAGAGGAUAAAGACAGCUUCCCUCGUGGUGCAGGGGUUAAAGACAACUUCCCUGGUGUUGCAGAGGAUAAAGACAGCUUCCCUCGUGGCUUAGAGGAUAAAGACAGCUUCCCUGGUGGCUUAGAGGAUAAAUACAGCUUCCCAGGGGGUGCAGAGGAUAAAGACAGCUUCCCUGGUGGUGCAGAGGAUAAAGACAGCUUCCCAAUGGAGGAUAAAGACAGCUUCCCUGGUGGUGCAGAGGAUAAAGACAGCUUCCCUGGCGGUGUAGAGGUGAAAGACAGCUUCCCUGGUGUUGCAGAGGAUAAAGACAGCUUCCCUCAUGGUGCAGAUGAUAAAGACAGCUUCCCUGGUGGCUUAGAGGUUAAAGACAGCUUCCCAGGGGGGGCAGAGGAUAAAGACAGCUUCCCUCGUGGUGCAGGGGUUAAAGACAACUUCCCUGGUGUUGCAGAGGAUAAAGACAGCUUCCCUCGUGGCUUAGAGGAUAAAGACAGCUUCCCUGGUGGCUUAGAGGAUAAAUACAGCUUCCCAGGGGGUGCAGAGGAUAAAGACAGCUUCCCUGGUGGUGCAGAGGAUAAAGACAGCUUCCCAAUGGAGGAUAAAGACAGCUUCCCUGGUGGUGCAGAGGAUAAAGACAGCUUCCCUGGCGGUGUAGAGGUGAAAGACAGCUUCCCUGGUGUUGCAGAGGAUAAAGACAGCUUCCCUCAUGGUGCAGAUGAUAAAGACAGCUUCCCUGGUGGCUUAGAGGUUAAAGACAGCUUCCCAGGGGGGGCAGAGGAUAAAGACAGCUUCCCUGGUGGUGCAGAUGAUAAAGACAGCUUCCCUCGUGGUGCAGAGGAUAAAGACAGCUUCCCUGGUGUUGCAGAGGAUAAAGACAGCUUCCCAGGGGGUGCAGAGGAUAAAGGAAGCUUCCCAGGGGGUGCAGAGGAUAAAGACAGCUUCCCAGGUGGUGCAGAGGACAAAGACAGCUUCCCUGGUG